GGGGCGGCGCGCGCCGGCGUGACGCGGCCGCGCGGGAUGGGCAGGGCCGACGCCGAGGCGGCGACGGCGGCGACGGCGGCGAGCGCUGGACGAGGCUGGGACGCGGGGGCCCUCACGCCCGACCACCAUGAGCACCAAGCAGGUCACUUGCAGGUAUUUUAUGCAUGGUGUCUGUCGGGAAGGAAACCAGUGCCUGUUUUCACAUGACUUGGCAAACAGCAAGCCAUCCACCAUCUGCAAAUACUAUCAGAAGGGCUACUGCGCCUAUGGGACUCGAUGCAGAUAUGAUCACACGAGGCCUUCUGCUGCAGCUGGUGGUGCUGUGGGCACCAUGCCCCACGGUGUGUCCUCCCCGGGUUUCCAUAGUCCUCACCCUGCUUCCGACCUCACUGCAUCUAUUGUGAAAACUAACUUACAUGAGCCUGGGAAACGUGAGAAGAGAACAUUAGUACUUAGAGACCGAAAUCUCUCUGGCAUGGCUGAAGAAAAGACUUGCCCAAGUGUGGUGAGUAAUCCAGGAGGCUGCAGUGAUCUCCAGAACAGCCCAGAAAUGAAGCCGCAUUCCUACCUCGAUGCAAUCAGGAGUGGCCUUGAUGAUUUAGAAGCCAGCAGCUCCUACAGCAGUGAACAGCAGCUGUGCCCCUAUGCAGCUGCUGGGGAGUGCCGGUUUGGGGAUGCUUGUGUCUACCUGCAUGGGGAAGUGUGUGAAAUCUGUAGGUUACGAGUCCUGCACCCCUUUGACCCAGAGCAAAGGAAAGCUCAUGAGAAGAUCUGCAUGUCGACAUUUGAACACGAGAUGGAAAAGGCCUUUGCCUUCCAAGCAAGUCAGGAUAAAGUAUGCAGUAUCUGCAUGGAAGUGGUCCUUGAGAAGGCAUCUGCUUCUGAGAGGAGAUUUGGGAUUCUCUCCAACUGCAAUCACACGUACUGCUUGUCCUGCAUCCGGCAGUGGAGAUGUGCCAAGCAGUUUGAGAACCCAAUCAUUAAGUCUUGUCCAGAAUGCCGUGUGAUAUCAGAGUUUGUAAUUCCAAGUGUGUAUUGGGUAGAAGAUCAGAAUAAAAAGAAUGAGUUGAUUGAAGCUUUCAAACAGGGAAUGGGAAAAAAAGCUUGUAAAUACUUUGAGCAAGGCAAGGGGACCUGCCCAUUUGGAAGCAAAUGCCUUUACCGCCACGCUUACCCUGACGGGCGGCUGGCAGAGCCUGAGAAGCCCCGGAAGCAGCUCAGUUCUGAGGGCACCGUGAGGUUCUUUAAUUCAGUGCGGCUCUGGGAUUUCAUCGAGAAUCGAGAAAGCCAGCAUGUGCCCAGCACUGAAGAUGUCGACAUGACAGAGCUCGGGGACCUCUUCAUGCACCUCUCUGGAGUGGAGUCGUCAGAACCCUAAGGAAUAGACGGGUUCCCCUGCACCUUGGCUCUGCCGGCCGAGCAUUCCCCAAGCUAGAGCGUGCAGAGCUUCCUUUACUGCAACCUGAGGUGGCGCGAUGCUUGGGUUGGAGGGCGUUGUACUUACUCGGUCUCAUCCCCUCUCCAUUACUACAGCCGUGGGAGGAGUGAGGAUAUAAAAUAACCCAACAUGUAUAUGGAAUUGCUACUUUUAUAGUUGAUCUCUUUAGUGCACCCCAAGCUCCUCGAGGAGACCAGCUAACCAGCCAGAGCUUUGAUUGAUUGCUUUUAAUAGCAGCCUGGCUCCUGUCCUUCGUGAGCUUUAGCUCCCUAGAAACAGUCACCUUGUAACUGCCUUUAAGCAGGUUUUUCUUGACAACAAAGGAUUCUUCACCCCUGUAAGACGAUUCCUCUAUAGUGGAUUUCCCUCCUGUACCUAAAUAGUGUGUAGUCAAAAACUGUUUCUCGAAAAGCUCUGUAUAAAUCAACUUAAUGUGGGCACUGCACACCUUAGCAUAAAACCUGUAGCGUGUUCUUGUGUCCCAAAUCAGAGCAGGAGUCUUGUUGUCUAUGUGUUCAAUAAACUAGUAAAAACCUUCCCUGCAAGGGUGGGGGUGCCUGGAGUAGCAGCAAGUGUAGGGCAGCGAAGCAGAGGCCUAGCCCCUCACUGCUGGUUGGUGUCGUGGGGCCGCAUGCUCCACAGAAAGAAACACAUCCCCGACUGUCACCUGUGGGCUUUCCUGGGGCUCAGGCCCCAAGGGUCAUUUUACUGGGUUCGGCACACACGUGCUCUUAUGUGUGGCCCCUACUCUAAGCCAUAUAUUCGACCUGUAAAGCUUGGCUUUGAUUUGAAAUUCUGUAAAAAGUUAACAGCACCCAACAAAGUUUCUAUGACCUGGUGGCAGUGCUCCUGAAAACAAGUCAUCUGUCUUGUGACUAACUGAAGGAACAUAACUUUGUGAAUCAAAACAAACCCACCCCAAGCCUGAAUUAAUCUAUUUUUAUAAACAGUUAUAGAUACCAAAUAUUUUAUAAAAUGCAUUAAAGUGUGGGUAGAAGAAGGUCUAUUCUUACCUGAGUUUAGAGUGCUUGCGUAAUUUUUAUAGUUAAGUCUUUAGUGAGGGUGACAGCACAAAGGCUUAGAUUCCUUCCCAGCAGAGGCUCUGGGCCCAUUUCCUGCUGCUUGAGUUCUUGCUCCAGGAGGGAUGAGCAAAUGGGAGAGCUCAAGCUAUGAGCUCAGUAAAAGGAAGAAACAGCCAUUAAACCUACAUUUAAUUUAUUUUAUUAAAAUAACAUAAUUGAAGAACCA